UCUGCCGGAGGAAAGUCUCUCCGCGAGCGGUAGCUAUAGAGCUCUUUAGUGGUUGGGCUCAUCACGAACAGCGCUACGUCGCUACCAAGUUUGGCAUACGCGUGGACUUUGCUUUCCAGGCCAUGAAGUCUUCUUCUUAGCUGCUUUUUGGGGUUCUUCACGUCUUUCAGGGCCAUGUUUGCAUCUGUUACCCGGCUCGAAGUGGGCAGCGUUCGCUUUUUAGUCCAAGGGGACGUCUAAAUAUAUCGACUGCGGUCCUAAUAUCGGCCUGUAAGCCCAACGUUACUCUUCCUUAUAAAAUUGAUAGAAGCAACACCAACCACUCCGUAUGGGAUGUUCUAACAUGCCGCAAGAUGUCUCAAUACUGUUCGGCCCGCUCUUUCUAUGUUCUGUGUUCGAUUGUAUGGUAUAUUCUUCUCUAUUUCUCUUACUGCUUCUCCAGUGUGGAAUGGCUCUCAUCCUUCGAUUCCGACACGCAGCGACCAGUCAGCUGAAAAAGGUGCAGCCAAUGCUUAAUAUGUCACUUAAUAUUAUUACACCUGUGAAGACACGAUGGAAUAGCCAUAUCUCCGCGAUUAAGAGAGCAAUUGAGCUUAGAGAAGCCCUCCACCAAUUCUCCCAGUACUAUAUUACCCAGGUUGUACAACGUGAGAGAGCAAAAGAGGUGGAGAUGAAGCGUAAGGAAGCUACGCGCGUUAGGAUAGCCCGUGAGAGAAACAAGUACACUCAAUCAAGCUACCAACCUGGUGGUUCAAGGAAGCGUUCAAGACGCGCGCUCGAGACUUAGGCUGCUGAUGAAGAUGAGGUGAUGACAAUUGAGUCUAUAACUCCACUAGUCAAGACUCAUACGAAGAGAGUCAAUACUCGGAAUCAGGAGCCUCUAUUUAUCCAGACUAGUAACCUUACUAACUACGAC